CAACACCGGGCUAAUAGAAGGAUAUGGUUUUUUAUUUAUUUAUCAUCAUUAUUAUUAUUAAGCAUUUAGUCUGUAACUGCCGUAUAUCUUGUCACACCUUCGACCCAGCAACGCCCCAUAGAUUCGGAGGUAUACUGCCAAAAAGCAGGAAAGAAGAAGAAGCAGCAGCAGAAGAAGAAGAAGAAGAACUGUCGAUACAAUAAUAUGCCUCGAAUAUUGAACGGUAUUGUGGCAAUGUGUCCAGAUCUGGGAAUAGGCAGAGACGGACAUCUCCCAUGGCACCCCACAAGACUAAAUGAUGAAUUCAAAUACUUUCGGAAGAUGACUGCCACGGCAUCUGUGGAAGCUAAGAAAAAUGUGGUGAUAAUGGGCAGGAAGACAUGGUUUUCCAUCCCAGAAAAAAACAGACCUUUAAACAAAAGGAUCAACAUCGUCCUCAGUCGACAACUGAAGGUUCCCCCUACUGGCGCCCAUCAUCUGGCUCCUGAUUUUUGCUCAGCUCUCAGGCUGAUUGACACUGAACUGUCAGACCAGGCUGAUCAGGUCUGGGUUAUAGGAGGUAGCUCACUGUACAAGGAGUUGAUGCAGAGCCAAGGCACCAAAAGGUUAUUUGUCACGCAAGUCCUGAAACAGUUUCCAUGUGACACAUUCUUCCCUGAAUUCUGCUCAGACAAGUACAAUCUUCUACCUGGGUUUCCAGGAGUGCCACAUGGCCUGCAAGAAGAAAAUGGUAUCCAGUACAGAUUUGAAGUCUAUGAGAGCAUUGCACAUUGAUGUCAAUUAUACAGUAAAGAAACCUCUGAAAAGCUGAAAAUU